UUCGGAAUCCCGCUGUGGGUGUCAGACGCUGACGCCAGAGCUGGUCCACAGCAAGCUUUCUUCUUGUUCCUCUUAAGGUGCCGAUCGACGAUGGCGGCGGCGCGGUCGGAGGCGUCGGGCAAGCUGCCGGCGCUGACGCGGAAGCUGCGCUACACGGGCCUGUUCACCUCGCAGAUAGCGCCCACGUCGCGCGCCUACUGCAUCCUGCUGAGCUUCUUCGUGGGCGUGCUCAUGCUCACCGCCGGCUCCGUGUUCUACCACGUGAUCCUGAUCCGCCCCAUGAGCGGCAGCCACCCCAUGCACACGCCGCCGCUGCCGCUCGCCUGCGGCCUCAUCCUCGCCGGCGCCGCCACCGUCCUCGGCUCCUUCUUCGUCGCCUGGAGUGCAGAUGUAUUUGACGGUUUCGAUUACACGUAUUUCUGA